GUUGUAGAAAAUUAAAAAUACAGGAAAUAGGGUUAGGUGAGAAAAAUUUAGUUUACAACAGCAUAAAAUUUAAAUGUCAAGAAGUCAGUAUAAAUGUGGCAUAUUUAAUGAAAUGGAUGGUAUUGUGCAAUAGAAAGUAACUCAUUUCAAGCCAAAUUAUAAAAGUUAAGUAAUUCGUAACCAAUCGUACGAUAAAGUGUAACUUACUGACUGCAACAUACAGGAACAAUGAAAACAGAAAAUUCUUUCAUUCAUAUGAAUUCUAAUAAUGUUAAUAAUUCUAAUGCGUUUAUAAUACGUAAAGAAAAUAAUGCAGUAGUUCAAGAUGGCAAAAAAGAUGGGCUCAUGAAUGUAAGAGCAAUAGUAUUUUUGAUUUUAUGGUACAUCUUUAGUGGAUGCACUCUAUUUCUAAAUAAAUAUAUUCUAACAUAUCUUAAUGGAAAUCCUACUGUCCUAGGUGCUUGUCAAAUGUUAAUGACAACAGCAUGUGGAUUUAUUCAAAUGUAUAUUCCCUGUGGAAUGUACAAACCAUUUCAACGGCUUAAUCGACCACCAGGAUUUUAUAGGCACAUGAUUUUAGUAGGUUGUACAAGAUUUCUCACUGUAGUCUUGGGACUGGUUUCCCUUAAUUAUGUAGCAGUUAGUUUUACAGAAACAAUUAAAAGCUCAGCACCACUAUUCACUGUGGUAAUAUCAAGAUGUUUAUUAGGAGAGCAAACAGGCCUUUUUGUAAAUCUUAGUUUGGUACCAGUUAUGUCAGGCCUUGCUCUAUGCUCAGCCAAUGAAAUUAGUUUUGAACUGCAUGGCUUUGUAGCAGCAAUGGCAACAAAUUUAACAGAGUGUUUACAAAAUGUAUAUUCAAAGAUGUUGUUAUCUGGAGAAAAAUUCAAGUAUAGCCCAGCAGAACUUCAAUUCUACACUAGUCUUGCUAGCAUUGUAAUUCAGAUACCAAUGUCUCUACUAUUGGUUGAUCUAAGUGAUAAUGCAGAAAAGAUUGAUGUAAGCAUCAUACUUUGCUACAUAUUAAAUGGCAUUUUCUUUCAUUUCCAAAGUAUUACUGCAUAUGUUCUUAUGGACUACAUUAGUCCAGUGACUCACAGUGUUGCAAACACUGCCAAACGUGCAUUCCUUAUAUGGCUGUCUGUAUUGAUGUUCGGGAAUCCUGUAACGCUUCUCAGUGGUUUGGGUACCACUGUAGUUAUUUUGGGUGUUCUGCUAUACAUCAAAGCUCAAGACUAUGACGACAAAGUACAAACGUCGAGGCGUAAAGUGAGAGCGAUUUAGUAUUGUCAUUGCUAGUUUGUUACUUAGCAAACAUCAGCUGAUAACUUACAAGUCUGUGAUCUAUUUUUUAUUAUCAGAUUAUUUUAAAAAAUGUGAUAAAAAAGAUAUCGAAGGAGGUUCAGAUUAUUAUUAUUAAAAGUGUUUAAUGUCGUACCUAUUAGAAAAAUUGACAUCAUAAUUGAAGUAGGUAUUUGUUAAUGUCUGUUACAGAUUGUAUCAGUGAAAAAUGUUUUUUUUUUCUAAAUACGUGUUUAAUUAUUUCGAAUGUUAUUAGAAAUUAAUCAAUUUAAUAAUUAGAGAAUAUUGAAUUUAGUGGAUAUUAAGACUGUUUUGUUGUAAACAAUUUUAAAAAAGUUAUUUAACAAUAUCCAUCCCUUGUGUAAGUAUUUGAACAACAGACAGAGACAGUGUACAUUAUGGUGUAUUAAGUUUCUUCUAAUAGAAAAUAAAUUUGUGUCUGUAAAACUGUACCUCCUAACGAUCAACUAUGCAUAUAAUUUCUUUAUGCAAGAAAUAAUUACCAUGAUAUAUCCUGAUUAGAUAACAUUCCAGUAUUUUGUUUUACUUUUUUUUAACAAAAUAUGUAUAAAUACACUGUUUAUUUUGUUUUUUUCUUU